AAAUUAAAUGCAUCCAGUUCAUCAGAAGGCAGCACAGUUGAUAUUGGACUACCUCCAGAAGGGGAACAGCCAGAAGCAGAACCUGAAGAAGUUCUGGAACCAGAGGCUUGUUUUACAGAAGGCUGCGUGCGGAGAUUCAAAUGCUGUCAAGUCAGUGUAGAAGAUGGGAAAGGGAAAAUCUGGUGGAAUCUUAGGAAAACCUGCUAUAAGAUUGUUGAACACAACUGGUUUGAGACCUUCAUUGUCUUCAUGAUUCUUCUCAGCAGCGGUGCUCUGGCUUUUGAAGAUAUAUACAUAGAGCAACGUAAAACUAUCAAGACCAUGCUGGAAUACGCUGACAAAGUUUUUACUUAUAUCUUCAUUCUGGAAAUGCUUUUAAAAUGGGUGGCUUAUGGCUUUCAAACCUAUUUCACUAAUGCGUGGUGCUGGCUGGACUUCCUGAUUGUUGAUGUCUCUUUGGUUAGCUUAACUGCUAAUGCCUUGGGCUACUCAGAACUUGGUGCGAUUAAAUCCCUUAGGACACUAAGAGCUUUGAGACCUCUAAGAGCCUUGUCGCGAUUUGAAGGGAUGAGGGUGGUUGUGAAUGCCCUGUUAGGAGCAAUUCCAUCCAUUAUGAAUGUGCUGCUUGUUUGCCUUAUAUUCUGGCUAAUCUUCAGUAUCAUGGGAGUAAAUCUAUUUGCUGGAAAAUUUUACUACUGUGUUAACACUACAACUGAUGAGAGGUUUGAUAUCAGCCAAAUCAACAACUAUAGUCAAUGUGAGGAGCUCAUAAAAAACAAUGAAACUGCUCGAUGGAAGAAUGUGAAGGUUAACUUUGAUAAUGUAGGCCUUGGUUAUCUUUCUCUGCUUCAAGUGGCUACAUUUAAAGGAUGGAUGGAUAUCAUGUAUGCAGCUGUGGAUUCUCGUAAUGUUUUGGAUCAGCCUAAGUAUGAAGAUAACCUGUACAUGUAUCUUUACUUUGUUAUCUUUAUCAUCUUUGGAUCAUUCUUUACCUUGAACCUUUUCAUUGGUGUCAUCAUAGACAAUUUCAACCAGCAGAAAAAGAAGUUUGGAGGUCAAGACAUUUUCAUGACAGAAGAACAGAAGAAAUACUACAAUGCAAUGAAAAAAUUGGGUUCAAAGAAACCACAAAAGCCAAUACCUCGACCAGCAAACAAAUUCCAAGGCAUGGUCUUUGAUUUUGUAACAAAACAAGCAUUUGAUAUCAGUAUCAUGAUACUUAUCUGCCUUAACAUGGUCACAAUGAUGGUAGAAACAGAUGAUCAGAGUGAAGACAUGGAAAACAUUUUAUAUUGGAUUAACCUUGUGUUUAUUGUACUUUUCACUGGAGAAUUUGUCCUGAAAUUGAUUUCACUUCGCCAUUACUACUUUACUGUAGGCUGGAAUAUUUUUGAUUUUGUGGUUGUCAUUCUCUCCAUAGUAGGUAUGUUCUUAGCUGAGAUGAUUGAGAAGUAUUUUGUGUCCCCAACGCUAUUCAGAGUCAUCCGACUUGCCAGAAUUGGCCGAAUCCUGCGUCUCAUUAAAGGCGCUAAGGGAAUCCGCACUCUGCUUUUUGCUUUGAUGAUGUCUCUUCCUGCUUUGUUCAACAUUGGUCUGCUGCUGUUCCUGGUCAUGUUUAUCUAUGCGAUAUUUGGCAUGUCCAACUUUGCCUAUGUUAAGAGGGAAGCUGGUAUAGAUGACAUGUUCAACUUUGAGACGUUUGGCAACAGCAUGAUCUGCCUGUUUCAAAUUACCACGUCUGCAGGCUGGGAUGGUUUGCUAGCCCCAAUUCUAAACAGUGGGGAGCCAGACUGUAACCCAAACAAAACUCAUCCAGGGAGCUCAGUUAAAGGUGACUGUGGCAACCCUUCUGUUGGGAUUUUCUUCUUUGUCAGCUACAUUAUCAUAUCGUUUCUGGUAGUGGUGAACAUGUACAUUGCUGUGAUUUUGGAGAACUUCAGUGUUGCUACUGAAGAAAGCGCUGAACCCUUGAGCGAGGAUGACUUUGAGAUGUUCUAUGAAGUCUGGGAAAAAUACGAUCCAGAUGCAACACAGUUCAUAGAAUAUGAGAAAUUGUCUGAUUUUGCAGCUUCUCUGGAUCCUCCUCUGAAUAUACCAAAACCAAACACAAUUCAACUUAUUGCAAUGGAUCUGCCCAUGGUAAGUGGUGACAGAAUUCACUGCCUUGACAUCUUGUUUGCUUUCACAAAGCGUGUUUUGGGGGAAAGUGGAGAGAUGGAUGCCCUCAGAAUACAGAUGGAAGAUCGGUUUAUGGCAGCCAAUCCUUCUAAAGUCUCCUACGAACCAAUUACAACCACAUUAAAGAGAAAACAGGAGGAAGUAUCUGCUGUCAUUAUUCAACGUGCUUACAGACGUCAUCUUUUAAGGCAAAAAGUCAAAAAAGUUUCAUGUAUAUUUAAUCAGGAUAAAGGUAAAGAUGAGGACAAUCUGCCCAUGAAAGGAGAUAUGAUUAUGGAUAAACUAAAUGAGAACUCUACUCCAGAAAAAACAGAUAUGACCCCAUCCACAACCUCCCCUCCAUCCUAUGAUAGUGUAACAAAGCCAGACAAGGAUAAAUAUGAAAAAGACAAAUCAGAAAAAGAAGAUAAAGGUAAAGACAGCAGGGAAAGUAAAAAGUAA